AUGUCAAAUAAUAUUUCGAGAAAAGUUUUAAAAGUUGCUAAAGGUUUUGAUACACAAGAUGGAGCAGGUGUAUCACUUCAACGUGUAAUUGGUGGACCAAUUAAGAGAUUAGAUCCAUUUUUAAUGUUGGAUGCAUUUAAGAGUGAUAAUCCAGAUGAUUAUAUUGAAGGAUUUCCAGAUCAUCCACAUCGUGGUCAACAAACAUUAACUUAUAUGAUUGAAGGUUCAAUGGAACAUCAAGAUAAUAAAGGAAAUAAAGGUUUACUAUUACCAGGUAUGGUUCAAGUUAUGAAUGCAGGUAGAGGUAUAAUUCAUUCAGAGAUUCCACAACAACGUGAUGGUAUGAUGUUUGGUUUCCAAUUUUGGUUAAAUUUAAACUCUGUUGAUAAAAUGUCAGAACCAUGGUAUAAAGAUAUUGCAUCAUCAGAUAUUGAAGAGGUUUACGUAGAGGGUGAAAAAAAAGUUAGAGUCAUAGCAGGCAAUUAUCAAGGUAUUGAAGGUGUUGUAAAGAAUUUACGUGUUAAACCAAUAUUUUUAGAUGUCACAUUAGAACCAAACACUAAAUUCUCUGUGGAUAUUCCGGAUUUCGAUCAUAAUUCAUUCGUUUACGUUUUUCAAGGUGAUGGUACAUUUGGAGAAAAUCAAAUUAAAGUUGAAGAUAGACAUAUUGGUGUUUUAGAAAAUAUUGAUAAUAAUUCACUUGGCCUUGAUGAACCAAUUCCAAAUAAAUUGCAUGCAACCUCUGGUGAUAAAGGUGUUAGAUUUUUAUUUUUAUCAGCUAAACCAAUACGUGAACCAAUCGUUCAAUAUGGUCCAUUUGUUAUGAAUACUCAAGAAGAAAUUCAAAAAGCAUUCUUAGAUUAUCAAUUAGGUAGAUUUUAA